GGUUCAUUCUACUCAGCAUCGCCUUCGCUUCGCUCUACUAGAUUCAUUCAUUCUUAUAUAUACGUCCCAUCAUGGUUGUCUUUAGCAAGGUCACUGCUGUCCUCGCUGGUCUCUCGGCUGUUGCUUCUGCUUCUCCUGUUGUAGCUCCUCGCAAGGGCUUCACUAUUAACCAGGAGACUCGUGCUGCUACUAAGUCCAAGACUGUCAACUUGCCAGCUGUUUAUGCCCAAGCCCUGUCCAAGUAUGGUGCUACUGUGCCCUCCAAUGUCCACGCUGCUGCUGUCAGUGGCUCUGCUGUGACUACCCCCGAGGACGGCGAUGUCGAGUACUUGACUCCCGUCAACGUUGGCGGCACUACCCUGAACUUGGACUUCGAUACCGGAUCUGCUGAUCUGUGGGUGUUCUCUUCUGAACUCACCUCUUCCCAGCAGAGCGGCCACAGCAUCUACAAGCCUAGCAGCAGUGCCACCAAGCUGUCAGGCAGCUCCUGGUCCAUCUCUUACGGUGAUGGCAGCUCUGCUAGCGGUGAUGUCUACAAAGACACUGUCACCGUUGGCGGUGUCAAGGCUACCGGCCAGGCUGUCGAGGCUGCCAGCAAAAUUAGCUCUUCGUUCCAGCAGGAUGUGAACAACGACGGUCUGCUCGGCCUCGCCUUCAGCUCCAUCAACACGGUUAGCCCGAAGGCUCAGACCACCUUCUUCGACACUGUCAAAUCGCAGCUCGACUCGCCCCUGUUUGCUGUUACCCUGAAGCACAAUGCUCCCGGCAGCUACGACUUUGGCUACAUUGACAAGUCCAAGUACACCGGCACCCUGGCCUACGCCGACGUCGAUGACUCCCAGGGCUUCUGGUCGUUCACUGCCGACAGCUACAAGAUUGGCACCACCACUGGCGGAUCCAUCACCGGUAUUGCUGACACCGGCACCACCCUCCUCCUGCUCCCCACCAGCGUUGUGUCCGCCUACUACAAGAAGGUCUCCGGCUCCCAGGACAGCAACUCCUACGGUGGCUACGUCUUCCCCUGUUCCGCCACCCUGCCCGACUUCACCGUGACCAUCAAUGGCUACAAUGCCGUUGUCCCCGGUAAGCUGAUCAACUACGCCCAGGUUACCACUGGCAGCUCCACCUGCUACGGUGGUAUCCAGAGCAACUCCGGCAUUGGCUUCUCCAUCUUCGGUGAUAUCUUCCUCAAGAGCCAGUAUGUCGUUUUCGACUCCCAGGGCCCCCGCCUCGGCUUUGCCGCUCAGGCGUAAAUCAUGCAUCUGAGGCUGUGAAUGUGACAUGGUAUAUAUAAGACGAAUGUUGUACAGAGAGUGAUGUGAGACGCGAUAUAGUUCAAGUUUGGCGCUGCGUGCUAGCUUGUGAAUAUGACCCUG